GUUUUCUUUCUAAGCUCUUUGAGGAUGUCGAAGAAUACCAAGACACAAGCUGCUGCAGCACAGAUGAUGAUUGAUGAUGAGCCAGAUGACUGGGACAAGAGGAUCUUCAGCACAGGCUGCGCAGAUGAAAACGCGAAGCUGACAGAUUGCUACUACGAGAAGAAAGACUGGCGAGCGUGCAAAGUUGAGAUGGAGAUCUUUCGACAGUGUUGGCAAAAGCAUGGGAAUAAUAAGCGAACUGACUCUAAAGAUGUCUGAACGUUCUCUGCAUUGCGAACCGCACAAUACACCAGUCACUAUAAGUAUGCGAACACGUGUAAUGAUAUCGUUCAUGUUUCAUUAGGGUGUGUUCGAUAGUAUGUACGCUAAGAACGAGGACCGCUCAUGAAAUCCAAGAAUGUUUUUUGGCUGCACAUA